CGACAAUUCAUUGUCUCGUGUCUGUUUGACGUAUUAAAACAAGACACGAAAGUCGAUAAACCAUUCCUGACCAAAAGUCUUUAUUGUAUCAAAAUUAACAAAUUUUCAUUGUAAUUUAAUGUUCUCACGUUUAAUAACCGAACGCAUAUAAAAUGUUACUGUGGAAUGAUGCGCUACGCAUGAUCUCGUGAUUUUCCCCAAACUUUAGGGAAGGCUGUUUCAUUUUAGGGAUUUCCCAAAAGCUCCCCAAAGUUGAGAGCUUGGGAUACAACUCUCAAAGAAGUGCUGCUGGACUAUGUUAAGUAUACUAAUUCCGAAUGCGUUAAAGGAGGGAGAUUUCGUAAAAUGAUUCAUGUGGAUAUAAAAAAUUCCACUACAUUACGUCAUCCCAACCCAGUGCAUACUCAAGAUUAUGCAGAUAAUUCAUUUAGGAGUUGCGAUGCAGUUCACGAAGAUGGGAUCAAGUUUGGUCAAUGUUUGUGCUGUGGCAGGUUCCACUCUUUUAAUUCAUGUAAAUCUCGUAAUUCUAAGUGCUUUAAAUAUGGUGAUGUUGGGCAUAUUCAGUCAGUUUGUAAUACUACUGUUCAUCUUGCUGCAACUAAUAUUAAGUCUUGUAAUUCUGAUUCUAUUAAGUUCAGUAUUUAUAAUGAUCAUUUAUCUUUAUCAAUGAUUUCAAAAGACAGUUUAGAGUCAUACAGCAGUUCAGAGUUAAAUGAAACUCAGAAUUCUUGCGAGACAACAAUUUCUAAUCAAUCAACCUAUCAGAUUUCCCAUGUUAUUGUACCAGAUAUGAUUUAUCCUAAUGAUUCACAUAUUUCUGAUGAAAUUUCCUACAAAUCUGAGGAAAAUAUUUCGGAUGAACUUAAUCAUGAUCGGAAACCUGAUGUAGUCUUGAUAGAUGCUGAUUUUUCUAAUGAUCCUUUACUCUACAAUGACAGUCUUAAUAAAUUUGAGGGAACUAUUUCAGAAGGAUCAAUACUUGAUGUCAUAUCAAGUAAUAUUUGUCCUCAUAAUGCAUUUGUUUCUUGUGGGAAACUUGUUCAAUGCGAACUGCGAGUAUCAAAUGGGCUCGAUCCUGAUUACAAUUCAGAUGAUUCUAUAUCAACUGUUGUUUAUCUUUAUCAUAAAGUCACUCCCAAUGUAUACUCUAGUCAAUGUGAGAAAGAUGUUUUAAAUGAAGCUACAUUAUCCAUAACUUGGGGAUAUGAAGAUCCGACAUUAUUUCGCGAGGGAGGAUAGUCUGAAUGUCUAUGGUUCAAAUUCUAGGUAGCAGUAGUUUCAGUGCUCAACCGACAUAAUGAUCGUACACAAUCCCAGGAAGCAAAGGAGAACGGUAUACUGUGCUUGGAGGGAAAUGUUCAACAUCUUUACUAAGUCAAAAAAGUGUGCUACAAGGAGUUGUCCUUCCUGCUUUUCUCUUCGAGUUUUGUAUCCAUGAUCUACCAUCUUUUACAGAAAACACGUUGUUAAAUAUGCUGAUGAUCUCGCUGUAUGUAUGCCGAUUUCUACUUCAUUAUAUCUCCUUGAAAUGAAUGAGUUAUUAUGUCUCAAUUGAACAAUGGUCUGUUGUUAAUGAUUUCACACUUAAUCCAUCUAAAUGUCAAAUUUUCAACUUUAGCAUGAGACAUGAACAACACUUAAAUACCCUUUUGUAAUCCCAUAAAGUUUUUACUUCUAGAAAUUCUGUAGUAAAAACAGUGUAAAAGGUUAUUUAUCUUGGUGUACCAUUUUUCUCUGAACUCUCUUGGUCUUGUCAUGUUUUAUCGAUGUCCAAUAAAGUUUUGUGUCUUCAGAUGAGACGACAGUUCGAACUGUAGAACACACCAAAGGAUGCAAAUGGCAGAUUGAAGGCUAUGUAUUAGCAUUAUAUCAGAACUUUAUAACUUCUCACAAUAAAUGUAAAUUACUCCUGCUUAUUUCCUGUUUGACAGUAAUUACCAUAAAACAUCCUUUAUAUAAGUGUUUGCUUAUCCUGUUGCUAUAUAUUUUUUUC